AGGAAGAUUGGGAUGAAAGAUUAAAAGAAUGGUAUGAAUUAUUAGAUGAUGAAGAAGACACACAAUCUUUGAUUAUUAGUGAUAUAUUAUUAGAUAAUAAUGAAUCUAAUAAUAAUUUAUUAAGUUCAUAUAUUCAUCCUGCUAUUGAUAUUAAUGCAAAAUGA